AUGGCAAAAGCUUAUACUCUUUCUGUUCUUUCAAUCACCUUCUUCUUCCUUACCUUCACCAUAUCUCUCUCUGAGUCCUCCAACGGCGGCUUCACCGUCGACCUCAUCCACCGUGACUCACCAAAGUCACCCCUCUCCACUCCCAAAACGAUGCCGUUCCAAUACAUCCACGACGCCAUUCGCCGUUCCACCCUGCAUGCAAGCUAUUUCUUCCCAGAAGCUGAUCAUCAUCAGUCCCUAAACGACGUCGCUGAGUCCGAUGUCGUCUCCGUCAGAGGCGAAUACGUCAUGUCGUAUUCCGUCGGCACGCCGCCGUUCGAGAUCUUUGGGAUCGCCGACACUGGCAGUGACCUAAUUUGGACUCAGUGUAAGCCCUGUGAUGAGUGUUACAACCAAACAGCACCAUUGUUCGACCCAAGGAAUUCUAGAACCUUCCAGAAAAUUCCUUGCUCUUCACAACAAUGCUCGUCCGUACAUUCCUCCGUAGGACAGACCACCUGCGAUGCUUCGAGUGUCUGUGGAUACAACGCAGUCUAUGGGGAUUCCUCGACUUCGAAUGGAGACAUAGCGAUAGACACGAUCACACUUGGGUCAUCCAGCGGCCGCCGCGUGGCGUUCCCGAAGACCGUGUUUGGCUGUGGGUUUAGUAACAGGGGUACUUUUAAUGAGAAGACUUCUGGGAUUGUUGGACUUGGAGGAGGUUCGGUCUCGCUGGUCUCACAGAUUGGUUCUUCCAUCGAUGGAAAAUUCGCGUACUGUUUGGUUCCACUUACGUCUGAUAAAAACACGAGCAAGUUGAGUUUCGGUCAAAACGCUGUCGUUUCGGGUCCUGGUACUGUCUCUACUCCUAUAGUUCCUGGACGCACGUCCACUUUCUAUCUUCUUACGUUGGAAGCCAUGAGUGUUGGCGACAAGAGAUUCGAGUUCACUUCUUCAGGUGAUGGAGCAGUGUCAGAGGGAAACAUAAUAAUCGAUUCAGGAACAACACUGACACUUUUACCUGAAGAUUUUUACUCGAAUCUGGAAUCAGAAGUUGCAUCACAGAUCAAGCUUGAACGUGCUAGGGUUCCUCAAGAUCUAUUGAAUCUCUGUUACAGAUUGCCUUCAGAUAAUUCCUUUGAAGUCCCCACCAUCACUGUUCAUUUCAAAGGUGCAGAUUUGAAGUUGAACUCGUUCAAUGCCUUCGUUCAGGUCUCUGACGACGUCGUUUGCUUCGCUUUCAAGGCUUAUCCUUCUGGCUCCAUCUUUGGCAACGUGGCCCAGAUGAAUUUUCUUGUUGGAUAUGAUCUUCAGAAAAAGACGGUUUCAUUCAAGCCCGUGGAUUGUACAACGAAGAUGUGA